AUGCGCCGUUCCAUUCCCCCCCAUGGCUUCACUAGCCUAGCCUUGGUGGCGGCGGGCCUCUUCCCACCCGUGCUGGCCGAUACAUCUCAAGUCCAGACCAUCGCCGUCGACGGCACCUCCUUUGCCCUCAACGGCGAGGGUGUAUCGUACCGCUUUCACGUUGACAACAUGACGGGCGAUCUUCUCGGCGAUCAUUUUGGUGGUCUCGUCCCCGAAAACGGGCUCAUGCAGCCCAUCGGCCCCAUUCAGGGCUGGGUGACGGUCAUUGGGCGGCAGCAGCGCGAGUUCCCGGACCUGGGCCGCGGCGACUUUCGCACGCCGGCGUUCCAGGUCCAGCAGGCGUCGGGCACAACGGUCAGCGCACUCAAGUACCAGUCGCAUGAGACGAUGAGUGGGAAGCCCGCGCUCAAGGGCUUGCCGUCGACGUUUGGCGGCGACGAGAACGUGUCAACGGUCGUGGUGCACAUGUACGAUAAUUACAGCGCCAUCGCCGUGGACCUCAUGUACAGCAUCUUUCCCCAAUAUGAUGCUAUUGUCCGCAGCGUCAACCUGACCAACAAGAGCAAUGGAAGCAUUACUCUAAACAAGCUCUCGAGCUUCAGCGUGGACUUGCCGUUUGGCGAAUACGACAUGGUUCAUCUGAAUGGUGAUUGGUACCGCGAGGCUCACAAGGUCCGCCGCCGCGUCGAGUACGGCUCGCAGGGAUUCGCUAGCAAUGCGGGCUACUCAUCCGCCCAGCACAAUCCCUUCAUGGCUCUCGUCGACCCCAGCACCACCGAGACGCAAGGCCAGGCCUGGGGGUUUUCGCUUGUCUAUACGGGUGCGCACUCGUUUGAAGUCGAGAGGGGAUCCGAGGGCCUGACGCGGGCCAUGAUGGGUGUCAACCCGCUAUCCUUUUCCUGGCCGCUGGCGCCCGGCGAGACGUUUACGUCGCCCGAGGUCGUCGCCGUCUACUCGGACCAAGGUUUGGGCGGCAUGUCGCGCAAGUUCCAUCGCCUGUACCGAAACCACUUGAUCAAGAGCAAGUUUGCGACAGAGACGCGGCCGGCGCUGCUCAACAGUUGGGAAGGCUUGUACUUUGACUACAAUGAGACGACGAUUGCGCGAUUGGCGCAGCAGACGGCAGAAUUGGGCGUGCGCAUGUUUGUCCUCGACGAUGGCUGGUUCGGCGACAAGUACCCACGCGUGUCGGACAAUGCUGGGCUGGGCGACUGGGUGCCAAAUCCUGCGCGGUUCCCAUCGGGUUUUGACAAGCUCAUAAACAACGUCACGCACCUCAAAUCGGGCAACUCGUCCCAGGACCUCAAGUUUGGCUUGUGGUUCGAGCCAGAGAUGGUCAAUCCGAACUCGACGCUCUACGUGAAACACCCGGACUGGGCCAUGCAUGCGGGCGACUAUCCGCGUACGCUGGCGCGCAAUCAGCUAGUGCUCAACUUGGCACUGCCAGAAGUGCAGGACUAUAUUGUCGACGCGGUGUCCAAGAUUCUCAAGAGCGGUGCUAUUUCCUAUGUCAAAUGGGAUAACAAUCGUGGCAUCCACGAGAUGCCCCAUCCGUACACAGAUCAUCAAUAUAUGCUGGGUGUCUAUCGAGUGUAUGACAGACUCACGACUGCAUUUCCGGACAUCCUCUGGGAGGGCUGUGCCUCUGGCGGCGCUCGUUUCGACCCGGGCAUCCUACAGUACUUCCCGCAGGUAUGGACCUCUGACGACACGGAUGCAGUGGAGCGCAUCACGAUUCAAAUGGGCACGUCUCUGGUGUACCCGCCGUCGGCCAUGGCCGCACAUGUUGCCGCGGUGCCAAACGGUCUUACGCAGCGUACCACGUCGCUCAGCUUCCGCGCGCACGUUGCCAUGAUGGCGGGAUCUUUCGGUUUCGAGCUGAACCCGGCGCACUUGGAUGAGGAACACCGCAAGAUGAUACCGGGCAUCUUGGCGCUGCAAGAGAAGAUCAAUCCCAUCGUGGUCAAGGGCGACGUGUGGCGGCUCAAUUUGCCCGACGACUCCAACUGGCCGGCGACGCUCUUUGUUUCCGAGAACGGCACGCAGGCGGUGCUCUUUUACUUUCAGCUCAAGGCGCACUUCAACAACUUAUUCCCGACAAUCAAGUUGCAGGGGCUGGAUCCGCAGGCCAGCUACCGCGUCGACGGUAACAUGACGCUGUCGGGAUCAACGCUGAUGCGGUUCGGGCUGCAGUAUACGUUUGAGGGGGAUAAUCAGAGCCGGGUGGUGAUGCUGGAGAAAGUUAGGUGA